AUGGAGGACUACGUCGUCGUGUACCUCGGCCUGGCCCUGGCGUCGCUGCUCCUCCUGCUCGCCAGGCGCAUCCGCAGCCCGGCAGCGCCGGACGGCAAGAACCAUGGCCUGCGGCUGCCGCCAGGGCCGUGGACGCUGCCUGUGUUCGGGAGCAUGCACCACCUCGCCGGGCAGCUCCCGCACCGCGCCAUGCGCGACCUGGCGCGGCGGCACGGGUGGCCGGUGAUGCUGCUCCGGCUCGGCGAGGUGCCCACGCUGGUGGUGUCGUCCCGGGAGGCGGCCCGCGAGGUGAUGAAGACCCACGACACGUCCUUCGCCACGCGCCCGCUCAGCUCCACCGUGCGCGUCAUGACCAACGGCGGCCGGGACAUCAUCUUCGCGCCCUACGGCGACCACUGGCGCCAGAUGCGCAAGAUCGCCGUCACCGAGCUCCUCACCGCGCGCCGCGUGCUCUCCUUCCGUGCCAUCCGGGAGGAGGAAGUCCGCGCCAUGCUCCGCGCCGUUGGGGCCGCCGCGGCCGCCGGGGAGGUCAUCGACAUGCGCCCAAGGCUGUCCGCGCUGGUGGCGGACAGCACGGUGCGCGCCGUGAUGGGCGACCGGUGCAAGGACCGCGAUUUGUUCCUCCGUGAGCUUGACCGAUCCAUCGAGCUCGUGGCCGGCUUCAACCCGGCCGACUUGUGGCCGUCCUCGCGGCUCGCGGUGUGGGCCAGCGGCGCCGUCCGUCGCGCCGAGGAGUGCCGCGACAUCGUGUUCGGGAUCCUCGACCGCAUCAUCGCGGAGCACCAGGAGAGGGUGGCCGUCGCCGGGGACGAUGAGGACCUCAUCGACAUCCUCCUCAGGAUCCAGAAGGACGGAGCCGGCCUCCAGUUCCCCUUAGACAUGGGCUCCAUCAAAGCCGUCAUCUUCGACAUCUUCGGCGCAGGCAGCGAGACGUCGGCGACGACGCUGGAGUGGAUCAUAGCGGAGCUGGUGAGGAACCCGAAGGUGAUGCGCCGGGCGACGGCGGAGGUCCGACAAGCCUUCGAGGCCAACGGCGCCGUGGACGAGGACCAGCUCGCCACCCUCGUCCCGUACCUGCACCUGGUGAUCCGGGAGGCGUUCCGGCUGCACACGCCCCUGCCGCUCCUCCUCCCGCGGGAGUGCCAGGAGGCGCCGGCGUGCAAGGUGCUGGGCUACGACGUGCCGCGGGGCACGCAGGUGCUCGUCAACGUCUGGGCGCUGGGCCGCGACGAGCGCUACUGGCCAGACGACCCCGAGGAGUUCCGGCCGGACCGCUUCGAGGCCGGCGCGGCGGCGGACGGGGUGGAUUUCAGAGGGGUCGACUUCGAGCUGCUGCCGUUCGGCGCCGGCAGGAGGAUGUGCCCCGGCAUGGGCUUCGGCCUCGCCAACGUCGAGCUCGCGCUCGCCAGCCUGCUGCUGCACUUCGACUGGGAGGCGCCGGGGGUGGCUGAUCCGGCGGAGUUCGACAUGACCGAGGCGUUCGGCAUUACCUCCAGGAGGAAGGCCGGCCUCUCGCUGCGCCCAGUCCUGCGCGUGCCUCUCCCCGACGUCUAA